CCUUUGAUCGAGCAAAGCGCGCACAGCCGCGUGUCCGUGGACUUAAUAGGCGGGACUUCCUUUGACAUCAACGAGUCAACCGGCCGUUUAUCUCGCAGCGCCCGACGGAGCCCGUGCACGAUCCGAUAAUAAAGGUUGGCUCAUCCUACACGGCACUAUGCUGGGCGGCUUACAGAGAGGAUGUUCCUGUUGCCUGCCUUGGUUUUGGGUCCUCCUCCUCCUCCUCCUCCUCCUGCCGCCUCUGGUCUCCCUCCACCGCAUCAAACAUCACGACCGGCGGAGCCACAGUGUGAAGGAACGACCCAAGUUACUGCUUGUGUCCUUCGACGGCUUUCGCUGGGACUACGUCAAUCGAGUGCCCAUGACCAACUUCCACGCCCUCCAGGAAGAGGGCGUGAAGGUGGAGAGGGUGGAGAACACUUACAUCACCAAAACCUUCCCGAACCACUACAGCUUAGUGACCGGGCUCUACGCCGAGAUACACGGCAUUGUGGCCAACGAGAUGUACGACCCCGUUUUGAACCGGUCCUUCUCCAAGGACACGGACAGUGUUUACUCUUCACAGUGGUGGGAGGACGCGGUGCCCCUCUGGGUGACCAUUCAGAGAGCUGGACGGCGGAGUGGCGCAGCUAUGUGGCCGGGGUCAGACGUGGAGAUCCACGGAGCGCUGCCCUCUCAAUAUCUCCAAUACAACGCCUCAGUCUCCUUUGAAACCAGAGUGCAGCGGAUUAUCGAAUGGUUCUCUGCGCCCAAAGAAGAAUCCGUCGAUUUUGGAGUUCUGUACUGGGAGGAACCGGAUGAGAGUGGGCACAAGUACGGACCUGAGAGUUCCUGCAUGGAUGAGGUCAUCGCAGGGAUUGAUGAGAAGCUCGGGUUCCUCAGGAAUGAGCUGAAGAAGGCCGGACUUUACGAGAAGGUGAACCUCAUAGUGACGAGCGACCACGGGAUGACGCAGCUUAACACCGAUCAGAUCAUCGAGCUGGACGUGUACGUGAGCAGAGAACUUUACACCUGGGUGGAUCAGAGUCCAGUGGUGGGGAUACUACCCAAAGAAGGAAAGUUUGAGGACGUGUAUAACAAGUUGGUGGACGCACACCCGCACAUGACUGUUUACAAGAAGGAAGACAUCCCAGAGCGCCUCCAUUACAGACACAACAUCAGGAUCAUGCCCCUUCUGAUCGAAGCCCAAGAGGGCUGGACGGUGCUGCAGAACAAGACUGAGCACGUCAUGUUGGGAAACCAUGGAUACGACAACUCCUUACCCAGCAUGCACCCUGUGUUUGUGGCCCGUGGGCCGGCCUUUCGCCAGAAUUACGUCAAGCCCACCAUGCGUUCCAUUGAUCUUUACCCUCUCAUGUGCCACAUCCUUGCCAUUCGGCCGGAACCCAACAACGGCUCCUUCAUUAACAUUCAGGACCUCCUGUUCCCCGAACCAUCGCCGCCUGCACCCAGCGCACCGCCCAAAGUCCGGGGGUCAUCCUAUGCCCCUGCAGUGGGGUGUUUGCUGGGCAUGGUGUUGGUACUAGGCUUUCUGGUGGUUUACAUCAGAGAAGUGACGCUCAAACAGCUGCCUUUGCUGCCGCACAGAAGCAGGGAGAUGUCACAGCCGUUACUGCAAGAGGAUCUGCACCUGUAGGCCAGGAAGAGGAGAGGAAGCACGAGACACGCAAAAGGAGAGGAGGUACUUCUCCCCAAGACUGUCUGACCUGUCCAAAUGCAUCCCCUAAACUCCAACCUUACGUCGAUACAUGGUAUUGCACUGAUGUUUUUAGUAGCAGGGGACACGCCCCCAUCUAAUCUC